GGAGUGGUGAACGUAUAAAACCUCUUGGGCUCCCUCCAGCCAGACUGUAGACUUACUGGAAACUAUAGACACCUGAGUGUCGCCCCACUGGCUAAACUAUCCCGUCACAAUGCUGUCACGAAAGCUGACUGUUCAUUUGAUCUAUGCUUUGGCUGGUCUUGCUCUCUCAGGCCACGUUACUGAUGUGAGUAGCAGUGAUACAUCCACAGACACAAGCAAUGGAGAUACCAGCGUGGAAACCACAGGCAGUCCUGAUGCCCCAGGCAAGUUCUGCAUGCUGUGCUGUACUGAAGACUGCAUCGAGGAAAGCAGCCAUGUCGGAAGCCAAGGUUGUUGGGUGCCCUGUAUGGAGGCAUGUUGGAAGGAAUGUAUGGAGCCCUAUAUGGAUCUCUGUAUGGAGCCCUGUACACAGGAUUUGUCAAAGGUGUGCAACAGUAAGGGGGACAUUAAUGAGGACGGUAAGGGAGACAGUAAGGGAGACACUGAGGACAGUACGAGGGACGGUAAGGGAGACGGUACGAGGGGCGGCAAGGGAGACGGUAAGGGAGACAGUAAGGACGACAGUAAGAGGAAUGGUAAGGGAGGCAGUAAGGAGGACAGUAAGGAGGACAGUAAGAGGGAUGGUAAGGGAGGCAGUAAGGAGGACAUUAAGGGAAACAGUAAGGAGGACAGUAAGAGGGACAGUAAUGAGGACAGUAAGAGGGACAGUAAGGAGGACAGUAAGAGGGACAGUAAGGAGGACAGUAAGAGGGACAGUAAUGAGGACAGUAAGAGGGACGGUAAGGGAGGCGGUAAGGAGGACAGUAAGAGGAAUGGUAAGGGAGGCAGUAAGGAGGACAGUAAGGAGGACAGUAAGAGGGAUGGUAAGGGAGGCAGUAAGGAGGACAUUAAGGGAAACAGUAAGGAGGACGGUAAGAGGGACAGUAAUGAGGACAGUAAGAGGGACAGUAAGGAGGACGGUGGGAGGGACAGUAAGGGAGACAAUAAGGGGGACAGUAAGGAAGUCGAUAAGAGAGACAAAAAGGGGGACAGUAAGGGAGACAGUAAGGGAGACAGUAAGGGAGACAGUAAGGGAGACAGUAAGGAGGACAGUAAGGGAGACCGUAAGGGGGAAAGUAAGGUAGACAGUAAGGGAGACAGUAAGGAGGACAGUAAGGGGGACAGUAAGGUAGACAGUAAGAGGCAAAGUAAAAGACAGUAAGUGUGAGUGUAGUCUAACAUUGCUCUUAAGUUCCUUAGCCCUCCCUUGGCCCUCAAAAUGGGGAAGGUGUCUACAGAGAUACAAUUGAAUUAUUAUGCUGUUUUGAGGUGGAUAACAUUUUUCCCCACUUUUUGACUGUAUUGUUGUUGUUUUUAACUUCCUGAUGUUUUGAGAUCCUCUCUAGUGUUUACAGGACAUAGGGGUCUGAUUGGUGAAAUCAAUGCUAGCAGUAAUAUACAGAAUGACAAUGUAUGAGAAGUAAUGUGUCGCUGCAAUACUGACAAGAAAUGUAUCCAAUUCCAAUGAUAAUGAGUACAUGAUGCGUGAGAUGUUCAAUAAAGAAUCAUUUCUGUGAUGUGGAUUUUUGCCACUAUGCACAACCUCCAGGGCUAAGCCUCUACCCCUUCAGAAGAAGGCCUCUGUCAGGUUUAUUAUGGGUUUUAUGGUAUAAAAUCACAUGUUUUAUAAUGAAGUUCACUGCUUUACUUUGAGUUUAUUUUGAUUUCUCGGUUCUCUUUGUUUUAAGAUACUUAGUAUGUUGCAUUUAUUCAAUAUAAUCACUUAUGACAAUCAAAGUUGUAACACUUAAGAUAAGAACGAUUGACAGGUAACAUGUUUUUUGUUUAUGGUUGUUUAUUGAUUGUUUAAAGCUGUUCAGGAUUUCCCCUUCUGCUAUACAGAUAAUGCUAUGCCUGUUCAGUGCAUUUUGGUUCAUGGAAGACUGUUUGCUCUCCCACUGCAAGAUGUGCCCCGUUACAGUGCUGGAUGAAGAGGCACGUCUGUCAAUCCACUAAUGAAAAGUAUGGGAUGUUGGAUUCAAAAUUCUUGGUGCCCCUUAAAUUUGGUUAACCUCUCUUAGGUCAGGAGUCUUCUUCUCAAAAACCCAUUGGAGGAUUAGCUCAGAGGGGAGGUACCUCUGGCUUUCUUAUCCAAUGGGUUUUGUGAAGGAGACGAGGAAAGAGAGGAGAUGACAUGAAGAGUGUGCAAUUGAGAUCUUCCCAAUGUAUCCUAGGUGACCCACCUGAGUUCAAAGGCCAAUGGCUGUAAUUCAGCUAUAGGUAGUUUCAAGUGAUAGAUAUAUCUAAUAUACGGUAUUUUCUGACCAAGAGGGUGGACAACAUUGACUAAAUGUUUUGACCAGGGUCUAGGCACUUGGAGAGCAAACAGUGAUAGGAUGGCUUUGUAAUGAUGAUUUUGUCCUUCAAUUGUUGGGAUAUUGGUAUGAACCUUCCAAGGAACCUGCCUGUUUCCCCAUACGUAUAUUUGUCUAGUAAACAGUUAAACAUAUAGAAUCUGUUUGCC